AUGUAUAUCGAAAAAAGAGGAAAAGAGCUUAGCUAUAAUGAUCUAUUAAGAAAAAAGCCUACUAUAGAUGGCAUAUAUGUAAAAUUUAUGCUCCAUAAUACCUGGAAAGUAUAUAAUGAAGAGGCUUUGAUAACAACGGUAAAGCUGAUGUAAAAACACGGCACUGAUUGUUAUGAAGCUAAUGAGAAGGUACAGAAAGUUCAAGAUGGACAUUUAGUCGAUUAAGAAAAAAUUUUAAAGAUGAAAUUCGCUCCUGGCCGAAGCUUAAAUGGCAAAAAGUUAUUGGACAUUGGAUAUUUCGCCCCAUUAAUAAAUAACUCUAAUGAAGAUAAGAAAUUUGAAGAGCAUUCUUACUGGAAAUAAGUGAAAGAUGAGUUAAUAUAAAAAUAGUUCUAUCUGCUUUCAUAAGAAAAAUCUUAUCAAUUUGAUAAAACAAAAUCAGAGGUUGAUCCAACAAAGGAUCUCUCUAAAACUUCAAAGGAUGAAAUUAAGAAGGUAUUAUAAAUUGAUGAAGAGAUUAAAGUCGAGAAAACAGAGGAAGAAGAAUAAGAACACAAAGAAGAUGCAGAUAACUCUCUUGCAAGGGAUCGCGAUGAAAUAAGCUCUCAGUAUUCAGAGUUCAUGCUAUACAAAGAAGAUCCUCUCAUGCAAGAUAUGAAUGUACUAAUCGAUGAAUUAACUAAGAACAUGAUAGAUAAACUCGAUGAAGAUCCAACUAUCCUUAUUUAACCCUCUUAUAUCAAACAGCUAUUACAGAAAUUUAUGGAAUAUAUAGAAGUCAUUGAUAAAAACAAUCCUUUCAAUAUGCAAAACUUCUUAAAAAAUCUGACUCCAGAGAAACUGACAUUUAUACUGGAAUUUUUGGUGUCGUUAAUACUGAAGAAUUUCAAGACUGGCAAAUUAAUACCAGACUUCAAGUCUCGAGAAUCUCUUUUAUUCGAACUUGUGCAGUUUGAUCCCUCUUUCAAGAAAGCAAUAAACCUUAUGAUAUCCAAUAAACUCUCUGAGGAGGAUAAAGUAAACCUAUAUAAGAUGGGUAUAGGGCAUGAAAUACUUGAAGAUCAAUUUUUUCAUACAAGGCCAGAUUUUGAAAUUGAAAAGUUGCAGCUUUAAGAACUAAAUAAUUAUAAAAUUCAGUUCCACUUUAUGACUUUCAAGACUACUAGAGUAAUAUAUGAGUCAGGGGUUUAAUGGCCUACUAAUAUUGCUCUCAGGUUUUAGUUUUUUAAUUUCAAGAUGAUACAAACAUUUGAGGCAAGGCUGUACAAACCAAUAGUUAAUAGUAACAAUCAAAAUUAAAUGCUAGAGGUUUAAGCAUUAGAAUCUUAGCAACUUUAUGUUAUUAAAAGAACCAACAAUAAUCAAGCUUCUCUAUAUAAUCCUGAAAAACAAGAUGAGAUAAUAGAGGACUUUGAGAUUAAGGACAAGCAAGGAGGAGUAAUAAAUAAUCACUUGCAUUUCUUAGAGUACAUUAACACUAAAUCUAUGACCAUUGAAAUAUAUGAUAUGAAUACACAGUUCUUGUUUGGCAUCUCUAAGUUAGAUCUUAAGCAUUUGAUGGCAUAAGGAGAGAACUUCAUCUCUAAAGUAAUUGAAGUUGAUGUUUGUGAUUGCAAUCUAGGUACAAUAGUUGGAUAGCUCUAGAUAGGUAUCAAGAUCUAUGGUUCUUAUUAAUUUACAGAUGAGCAGUAAAUGACCUAAACAUCGACAAGCAUAAAUAAAUAGAACUAGUUAAGGUCAUCAUAAUCUAAGUUUACAUCCUACUCACCAAAUAGAUCCCAACACCAGGAUCAUACUUUUAAUUAAAAGACUUCAAAGUAUAAAAAGAAGGUCUUUUCCAAGCCUGUAGAAAGUGUAGAGGGCUUGAUUGAGAAAACUAUGAUGUCGAAAUCUAUCUAGGAAAAAGAGGAAAUCAGAAAAAUGGCUAGGGUUGAAAGACUCAAAAUGACAAUGAAAGAAGAUCUAGCAAAAAGGAAGAAGGAUCCACUAUGGAGAAGAGAUAAUGCAAAGCUGUACUAUAGCAAAGAAAAUACACAAAGGAUACAGUAAACUAACCUGAAUAUGAUUGAAAUUAUGAGAGAAAUGAACAAAGAUAGUGAGAAACUGCUUGAUAAAGCAAUUUAUCAUGGAGUAGAUUUUAGCUUCAGUAUUGAUGCAAUGCCAGGAAAAUCUUAUUAUUUCAACUUAGUAAUAGUAAAUGAUAAGCCAACUAAGCAAGUCUACACAAUUGAUGUUUAGGAUCCCGAUUUUGAUCUCUACGAUGAUUCUGAAGUAAGUCUGGUCACUAGUACUCAAGGAGAAUGGGAUUAGCUCGUUAAAGAAGAAAAAUCUUUGAAGCCAUAAGACUAUAAAGUAGUUUCAGACUAGAGAGAUAUAAUUUUAGAAGCUGGAUAGCAAACACCCUUGGUUUUUAAAUACUUGACCUUCAGACCUGUAUCUCGCUUUUAAAACAAAAGAGAAGUAGAUGACUCAAGCAAUCAUCUUAGAAAAUAUGAAUUGCAUCCUAGAAAAAUUUCUCUAAGGAUAAUUAGUUUAGAAAAUGAGUGCUUUUGUCACAUUCAUUUAAUGAUAGCACCAAGAGCGAACCAUCCUGACCACUUUAUAAAAUUUUACUAGCCCUAUCAAGAUGCUUAUUAAGAGUUAUAGAUGUAAAACUUCAUCCCAAGUAGUUACGAUCACUCUUAAAUAUAGUUAAGGACCUCAACUAAGAAGUUUAAAGCCUUAUUCUCACAAGAUAAAAGAUCUAUCAAGCUCUUGUAUAAAUCAGCUAAAGCAUAUGGAUGGCACAUGGGUCAGUAGAUAUUUGCAUAUGCUGAUAGAUUCUUCAAUAAACUUGUCACUUGUGUAGAAGUUGAUAUAUUCUUUUUGGAAACUUACAAACUCAGGCAGGCAAUCGGUCUGGAGUAGAUCUUUAACAUUGAGUAUCUAUGUCCCCGCAAUGCCAAACUCAAAAUAUACUCAUCUAACCCUGCCAUAGCUUCUAAAGCGAAAACUUUUUCAUAGCAAGGUUUUUAUAGAAGUGAUACGGUAAAGUAACUUUUCUAUGAUGAAGAGGAGGACUUCAUAAUGGGCAAUAGAGGUCAGCUAGCCACUAUACAUACUUCAGUCAAGCCUUUGAAUACAGGGUUAAAUUGA